AGAUUGAUGACGAUAAAAAUGUUGCAUUUAAUGAUGAUAUUACAUGGAAAAUUAUGACAGAAUUACCAAUGAAACAACUUUGUGAAAAUGAUGAAGCAAUAAGUUGCAAAAAUUCGAUUGAAUGUAUUAAAGACGAUGAUUUACCCAAAUGCAUUUGUCGUAAGGGAUUUAUUGGAGCAUCCUGUCAAUUUUCACUUUUACCGUGGAAUUGUGAUGAAAUAUUCCAUACUGGUAAUACAGUAUCAGGAAUGUAUAUUAUUGAUCCUGAUGGUUCUGGACCUUUACCGGAAACAUAUGCUUAUUGUGAAAAUGGUAAAACAAUCAUUAUACACAAUAUGCCAAAUAAUACGAUAAUUCAUAGCAAAGAUUUAAAUGAUAUUCAUAUGAUAAUUAAUUAUAGGUUUGAUACAAUGAAAACUUGGUUCACAUCAAUCUCGAAUGAAUUUUUUCGCGGAUUUGGCGGAGUUGACGGAACAUGUCCUUGUCAGGAUAACAAAUGUACAAAAUGCAAUUGUGACAGUGGUGGUGUCACAAGUGAUUACGGUGUAAUGACAGGUAAUCAGGUCCCAAUUCGAGGUAUCUAUGGAUUAAAUGAUCAAUCAGUUGACAACGGUUAUUUGACACUUGGCCCAUUGGUUUGUAUUGGAAACGAUUCAUAUACAAUAACAAUCCGUAACCAAUUUAAGUCGGUGGAAAUUGGUACUUGGAAUGGUAAUAUGUUAAGUUUUGAAUUUCGUACCUAUCUUGAAAGUGCUACAUUACUCUCAUCAAAUGAUGCAAUUAUUACGAUCACAAUGUUAGAACGAACAUUUUAUUUGGAAAUUGAUAAUCAAAUUAAUUUACCACUUAUUCCACAAUCAAGAAAAAAUGAUGGAUAUUGGCAUCGGAUUAUUGUUGAUAUUCGUGAUGGAUCAAUACGAUUCUCAGUAGAUGAUACAGUAACAACAACAAUAAUUAAGCAACAUUCGUUUAGUAGUAAUAUAAAAUUAAGUAUUGGUGGUGGCCAAGAUGGUUUCUUAGGUUGUAUUCGUCAAAUAUUUCUGAAUGGUAUACUUCACGAAGUGGAUCAAACUUUUCGGGGUAAAUGUAUGAACAAAUGUCAAUUACAUCACUGUCAACAUGAAAGUCGUUGUGAGGAAGAUUUUGCAACCGAUACAGUACAUUGUGUUUGCAAGAAUGCUAUCGUACAUUCGGGACAUUUAUGCCAAAACAGUGUUAAUUAUGGGACAGAAGUGAGUUUUCACGACUCAAAAGAAGCAUUCCUGAAAGCUGAAAAUAUUACUAUUGCAAAUGCAUUGAUGCAACGGAUUAUCUUCAGUUUUCGUACUGAUCAACGUGAUGCUUUACUCAUUUACCUUCAUGAUCAGUUGUAUAACUUCAUACAGGUACACCUAUCCGAUCAUUCACAUAUGGUAUUAACGCUUAAUUUUAAUCGUACCAUUUAUCGCUGUGAAGUUAUCGCCAAAAUUGGAAAUGAAUAUAGCAGAAUGAAAUGGAUUCAAGUGAUGAUAUUUCAAUGGUCGGAUUCUGUUGAAUUAAAUGUCAAUGAUGAAAUAUGUCAAAUUGCUGGAAAGCGUAUUCUUUCCAAUAAUUUUAUUAAAAAAUUCGAAAUUACUCAUGAUAUGGAUGAUAUCAUUCAACCGCCAGUUUCACCAAUAACUGAAAAAGGUGCCGCCUUCAAUUUCAAUCAACCGUACGUUUUAUUAUUCAUUGCUGGUGUACCAACUGAAAUUCAUUUUGGUAAUUUGGAACCAAUUUAUCGAUCAAUUAUCCCGAAUUUACUUGGUUGUAUGCGUGGUUUAAUGAUUGGUGGAAAGCUAAUUGAUAUGCGUAAUCAACAUUAUUGGUCUUAUUAUCCAACUAAACCAGCUGUAAUGAAAUUUGGUUGUGAAAUGGGUUGUCAUAAGAUUGAACAUUUAUGCAAAAAUGGUGGCCAUUGUUUGGUACAAUGGGCAGCGACAAAAAGCGCCGAAAAUGUUGUUAGUUGUAAUUGCGCCCGAACAUCGUAUUAUGGUGAAUAUUGUGAUGAAGAUGAUGGAGCAUAUUUUGCUGGUAAUUCAAUAUUAGUAUUAAAUACGGCUGAAAUAUUUGAAAAAGUAAUCGUUAAUUGGAAUGAAAUUGAUGAGCAAACAUUCAGUUUUGCAUUUUCUACAACAUAUACGGCAAAAUCGACAAAACUAGCAAAGCCACAAAUACUUACAACAAUUCAUUUUAAGCACAACAAGAUGUUACAAGUAAUAUUAUGCAAAAAUGGUUCAAUAAAUAUUGCCAUAAUGUCAACUGAUGUGUCAUUUGUUCACACAUUUCCAUAUAACUACAACGAUGGUUACCGACACUAUUUUCACUCAAGAUUCCGCCCUAAUAAAUCAUUGAAAGUGACGAUUGAUUCAUGGAAAUAUGAUUUGCCAUCAGAUCUGUCAACAGAUUUGUCGCUUUCAUAUGCGAUUAAAUUUUCUUUCGGUGGACCAUACAUUACAGAUAUUUCAGAUGUGACAAAAGACGAUAAGAAAACAUUAAAGUACAAUUAUACUGGCUGUUUGUCAAAUAUUGAUAUUGACGUAAAUGUCGCACGUAUGCAUCUUAAGCCAAUUUCAUAUUUGCAUAAACCAGAACUUGAAUUUGCCGAAUCAGUAACAAUUGUUGGUAAUAAAAUUCAACUUGGAGCAUGCAAUGCAUUUUUAAUUCCUGGAAGUUUACCAUCAAUGCUAAACACUGUAACAGCACCGGUUUGGGAUUCUCCGUUUGUCACUGAACCUUAUCAACGAUCAGUUGAUGAUAUGAAGGAUGUUGGCGAAACCGAUGGAACAGGAUGGUGGAUAAUACCAUUUAUCAUACUGAUUUCACUGAUAAUAUUGAUUGGAAUAUCUUGUAUGUUCAAACGUAAAAGAUCACGGAAGCAAUGGUCGAUACCAGUAAAAGAUCCCGAAGUUAUUGUUCCAUCUAAAGAUCCCGAAGAUUUACCAUUAAUUCCGGCUAAGAACAAUGAGAAGCAAGCAGUUGUAAUCAAAAAUGAUUUUGCUUUGCCGGAACCUGAUCAACAACUUGAUACUGCAGUACAGAGCCGGAAUGUUGAUGACUUACAAUCAGCGGAAUCAAGAAAUGCUUUAAAUGUAGAAGCGGUAAUUACUAUUCAACAACCAGGAAAUAAUUCAAGAGUAGGUUUAUGA